CAUUUGUUUUCAUUUAAAUGAAUUAAGAAAUGAUUUUGAAUUUAUUGAAAUACAAACAUGUUUUACGACAAACAAUUGAAGGCAUUAAUUGUCUUAAAUGUUGGAUCAGAUGCAACACAAACUCAAUACACAGUCAUUUGAUUGGCAAACAGUUUGAUGACUUAAGUGUCGACACAUUCACUGAAUUGAUUACCAGCGAUGACAUCAAAGACAAGAUUGAGAUAAUAUUAAAUGAAUACGAAUAUGAAAAGUAUACGACUCUUCGGGUGCCUACAACCAUCACCAUCGAUGCAAUGAAAGAUCUCAUUGCCAUCAACGACAUCAUCGAUAGGAAAAAAAUGAUUAAGUUUUUGUUUACCAAAGAAUUACAGAAAAAUAAGUCGAAAAAUAAGCGAAAAGAAUUAUCACUGAAGUAUUGGCAAAUCAAAGAUGAGACCUACAAGAAGAUUAGCUCUGAAAGGACUGGCAUUUGGGAUAAUAAUCAACAAUUAAUAUAUGGUUUAUGGCAUAACACACUCUUUAGCAAAGUUAUGAAGUCUUCAAUCUCUCGGAUGCAAAACCAUCGAUUAAGAAGAGCCGCAAUGUUUGGUCAAAAACUGAUCAUUGAUUUAGCUUUUGAUGAUUACAUGAAAUUACAUGAAAUACGGCUUUUGUUGAAACAAUUAUCAAUUAUAUAUCAUUACAACAAAUAUGAAACUCAAGAGCCGUUUGAUUUGCAUUUCACUAAUUGUGAUCCAAAUUCUGUUGUCGUAAAAGAGAUGUCGAGAUUCUUCCAGAAUUACAAUUCUCCUAAUUUUUUGGCUUCAAUUCAUUCUCAGUCUUAUUUAGACUUAUUUCCAAAACAACAAUUAGUUUAUCUGAGUCCACACUCGAGGAAUGUGUUGAAUACGUUUAACAUCAAUGAUAUCUAUAUAAUCGGUGGUCUUAUUGACAAAACAUCUCGAGGACCUCUCACGUCCAUCAAAGCACACAAAGAUACCAUUCGUACGGCUCGUCUUCCAUUAGACGAACACAUAAUCUGGAAGAUGGGAUCAAAGUCAUUGUGUCUCAACCAUAUUGUUGCCAUUCUUCACGACAUUAAAAUGACUGGUGACUGGAGAACUACUUUGAAGAAUAAUGUACCACAAAGAAAGCAAAAGGAUGUCAAUGAAAUUGAAUUUGAAGAUACAUUAAGGAUACAAAAAUAUAAAAGAUUUCAAAGACAAAACAACUAUUGA